AUGAAGAGGAUAGAGGACGAUGAUGACAGAAUGGUUACGUUCUCAAAGCGUCGGUCUGGCAUAUAUAAGAAGGCCAGUGAACUCGUGGCCAUGUGCGGUGUGGAAGUCGGAGUUGUUGUUUUCUCUCCGACAGGGAAGCCCUACUCAUUCGGGCACCCCUCUGUCCGGGCCGUAUUAAACAAGUUCCUAAAUAGGAACGCUCCUCCACCCACAGAUAAUAGGUUGCAACCAUUCAUCGAUGCCAAUAUAAGAAUGAGGAGAGAUGGAUACAAUGAUUAUGUUAAUCAGCUCCUUGCUCGACUCGAUGAUGCAAAGGAGAGGGGAAAGGAUCUUUCGAGGAUUACCCGUGCUACGAGCGAAGGGAAUUCCUCAAACUGGGCGCGCAGGUGGUGGGAGAAGUCCCCUGAAGAGCGCUCAUUUGAUGAGCUCAAGGAAGAGGCCUUGUUUCUAGAGGCAUUACAUAGGGACAUAUGCAACUACCUAAACCACCCUGUCGAUCUAAAUGCCCUUGGCAGUGAAUGA